AUGAAGUUCUUCGGCACACUCUCGCUGCUGGUUGGGGCGGCGCUCGCUACCCCGUCCCGUCAUGCUCGCCAGAGCACCAAGGCCCCCGACUCGUUUUACUUGAAGACUUCGGGAUCGGAGAACUCGGCUCAUAACGACCUCUAUGUCUACGGAUACCACACGGGCGCUGGACUCAACGAUGCCGUCCUCACUCCAGACGUUGACACGGCUAGCAAGGCCUUUAUGAACGGCACAAACGUGCAGUUCGACUUCAACACCAACUUCCCUUGGGGUCUCUACCCGAUUGGUGUCACAAACUAUGCUGCCUGGCAAUUUGUGGAGCUCAACGUCGGACACGGCGCAGGAGACUUCUCCGUCAACAGCACCGGCUUGCAGUGGUCGGAGCAGAAGGGCUUCGGUGGUUGGCUGGUAUGCGACUGGUACCACAAUGCACCCCAGCUCUUCUACAUCUACCGCUACUACACGGCAGAGCUCCCCGGCUCUUGCAGCAGAGUGAAGCUCUUGACCGAACCCACCGCCUGA